CACGCACGCACACACACACACACACACACACAAACACACACACACACACACACACACACACACACACAGGUCCUGCUUGAGGCUGUCAGAACAAGCGGAGCACAGGAGCUGCAGUGACUCAGCAGAGAUUCUUCCCGCUAUCUCACCAAGAUGGCUGACAACAACUCGAAAGACCCGGCUCCUUCAUCGGGGACACUCUCCCCGGGCCAGCUGCAGUCUCACUUCAAGAUGGAACCAAAGACCCUGGGGGCCGUCCAGCUCGUUAUUGCAGCUGUGAUUCUGUGUCUGAGUGCCUCCGUGUUCCAAGUCCACGAAGUCCACUUCACGGCAGACAUAGCCCUCUUCCUCAUCGUGGUCAUACAGGUGACUUUGUCGGGGUCUGUGUUGAUCUACAGUGGGAGGAGACCCACUCUUUUUUGGGUGAAAUGUGCCCUCGUUUUGCAUCUCAUCAGCGCUGCCUUUGCCACCGCCGCCCUGGGUCUGAUGUCCAAGCACCUCCCCUACAGGCAGGACUCAUACCACUGCGAGCACUGCCGCCGAUUGGAGCUCCACGCUGUGCAACAUUGUUUCAGGAAAUGCACAGCGCUGAUCGAGCAAAAGUGUGAACUCUUGAUUGACGGGAUCCUAGGAACGCUGGUGGUGUUCCUGGUGCUGGAGCUGCUCAUCUGCAUCACCGCCAUGCUCUUUGGACUCACUGUGCUCGCAGCUCGUAGAAGUCAGGCUCCAAGUGAGCGACCACGAUAUCCCCAGACCCGCCCCCCACCAUCUCCAUCUCCAUCUCCAGUUGUCCAUGUUGUUCCGGUUGCAGUCGAGCCAAGUGUAUCCCAGCAGGUGGCGGUCGUUGUGACCGAACCAGACUCUGAGCUGGUGGACGACAUCGCCACUCCGCCGACGGAACCUCAGGUGGAACCUAUUUACCCAUGAACACACACACUUCCGGCACCUUCCGUUGUGUAAAUAUAGAUGCCGCACCUGGUGCUUUUUAACAAUGUGGCACAUCUCACCUUCUUUGUUUUUCUAUGACCGAUUGCGAGUCAACUCAGGUGACAAUUUGAAUAGAAACCAAGAAAAACACACCUUCACCUACUAUAAAUCUGUUAUUAGACAUGUGAACUACAUUAUGUAAUGACAGACAGUGUGAAGAAAUUAUAUAUAUUCUCCUCACUAGUAGUAUGUGUAUUUACAUUAAAGCUAUUUUAAAUGAAUACAAAUAAAAUAGUUAUUGCUAAUGUUGCUAUAACACCGUGUCCAGAAACUUAAUGGCGUUGUCU